AUGAUAAUAACACCCAAACCUUUGACUUGUUAAAAUAAACUCUUGCCUAUAUAAUAAUUAAGCCGUCUAUAUAUCUAACCCUCAAGAGGAACUAUUGGUCUAAAUUAUUAAACUUCUCCACAAAAUAAACUUCAUCAAUCUCUCUUUUGCGAUUCGAAGAUGAGACGUUCAUGGCCUACACGCCUCAUCCUCCUUAUGGUUCUCACCGUCGUCAUCACCAUGAUUGCCGCAGCUUAUGGUUAUUCCUCUGUCUCGUCAUCAAAACAUAAGUUCCCUCAUUACAAGUACAAAGCUCCAUCUCCUCCAACAACUUAUUCUCCUUACCGUUAUUUCUCGCCGCCUCCGGUCACAGAUUCAGAUUCUGCAGCUUAUGUUCGAUGAACACAGGGCAGUACGUCAAUUGAUCUGAGUUUUAUUUUUAUAUGUUAACUAUUCUUUUUCUUUUUGAUUUUGAUGUAACGUUCAAAAUUAAUGGACUGUUUUCCAAGCAACCGUGAGAAAGGUAUGCAGAUAUCGAUUGUUUUCUAGUUAUGUAAGAUGAAAUAAUUAACAGAAUUGUUGCGGUAGUUAUUAAUUACUAGUCUCUUCUUUGACUAAAUUUUUGGGUUACAACUUUGUUAUUGCGUUAGAAGAUCUGUUCAAUGUUUAUGAAUGUAUAACUUAUCCAAC